GCAAAGGGACGCGAUGAAGUGGCUUGUGGUUCUCUCAGCCCUCGUGGCUUUCUCCGAAUGCUUCCAUAAGAUUCCCCUGAUCAAGGGAAAGACUGCCAGGCAGGACCUGCAGGAGAAAGGACUAUGGGAGGAGUACAGAAAGAAGUACCCAUACAACCCCAUGGUCAAGUUCCAGCAGAGUGGCACUGAGUCCAUGACCAACGAUGCUGACUUGUCCUACUAUGGUGUGAUCUCCAUCGGCACCCCACCUCAGUCCUUCAGUGUCAUCUUUGACACAGGCUCCUCCAACCUGUGGGUCCCUUCAGACUACUGCAAUAGCCAGGCCUGCCAGAACCACAGGAAAUUCAACCCUCAGCAGUCCUCCACCUUCAAAUGGGGCGACCAGCCUCUGUCCAUCCAGUACGGCACUGGCAGCAUGACUGGGUAUCUGGCCAUUGACAAUGUUGAGGUGGGCGGCAUCACCGUGCAAAACCAGGUGUUUGGCAUUAGCCGCACAGAGGCUCCCUUCAUGGCUCACAUGACUGCUGAUGGCAUCCUGGGAUUGGCCUUCCAGACCAUUGCUGCUGACAAUGUUGUGCCUGUCUUUGACAACAUGGUCAAGCAAGGACUGGUGUCUCAGCCCCUGUUCUCUGUCUACCUGAGCAGCCACGGCGAGCAGGGCAGUGAGGUCGUCUUUGGUGGUAUUGACAACAGCCACUACACUGGACAAGUAACCUGGGUCCCUCUGACCUCUGCCACCUACUGGCAGAUCAAAAUGGACGGUGUUAAAAUCAAUGGACAGACUGUGGCUUGUGCUGGUGGCUGCCAGGCCAUCAUUGACACCGGUACCUCCCUGAUCGUUGGACCGACCAAUGACAUCAACAACAUGAAUUCCUGGGUUGGAGCCUCAACCAACCAGUACGGAGAGUCUACGGUGAACUGCCAGAACGUCGGGAGCAUGCCUGAGGUCACCUUCACUCUCAAUGGACACGACUUCACCAUCCCUGCAUCUGCCUACGUCUCUCAGAACUACUAUGGUUGCAACACUGGCUUUGGCCAGGGUGGCUCAGACCAGCUCUGGAUCCUGGGAGAUGUCUUCAUCAGGGAGUACUAUGUCAUCUUUGACGCCCAGGCCAGGUACAUCGGUCUGGCCCAAUCUGUGUAGUCAGAUGAGACUCCUGAUGGAUAAACUAUACAUGUGUG